AUUUGGAGCAGCAGCAGCGGGGAACGAUGCGGGCAGCGCUGCGCGGCCGCUCGGGCAACCAGCCCCUCAGCGCCGCCCCCAUGGCGCUGCCCGGCCCGCGCUGGCCCCUCACUCGCGCCGCGCUGGUGCGGCUGGAGAGCGCGCUGAGCUGCUCCCGCUGCGCCGGCGUCCUGCGGCAGCCCGUGUCCCUGGGGCGGUGCGAGCACGUCUUCUGCCGAUCUUGCGUGGAUGACUGUGUUGGCACAGAAUGCCCAGUGUGCCACAUUCCAGCCUGGGUGCAAGAUGCACAGAUAAACCGCCAACUAGAUAACAUGAUUCAGCUUUGCAGCAAACUGCGGCAUCUGCUGGGUGCGGACACCUCAGAUUCAACGGCAGAUGUGUCCACACCAACUGACUCAGACUUUGAAAAAAAGAAUAAAAAGGAACAGAUAAAAAUGUGGUUCAGCCCAAAAAGUAGGAAGAUUCGAUGUGUCCUGAACAGCACUCAGCCUGCAACAAAAAGCGAUCACCUUUGUCAAGACACAUCUUCAGUUUAUGAUUUCCUUCCUUCCCCUCCUCGUGAAAAGCCCUCCAAGCCGACAAAGAAGCCAACACAGGCACAGAGUAAGAAGAUGAAGAAGAAACAUCUAUCAGACAUUAACAAAGUGUGGAGCUUAGAGAAGCCUGAGCAGAAAGGAGGAGCUAAGAAGACUGACAAGGAAAAGUGUGUGACCAUCUGCAGCCAACCGGUAGUCCUAUGUACUCCAGAACCAAAUAGUCCCGAAGAGACUCUUCAGCAGGAGUCUAUAAAGGAAGAUGACUCCAGCAAAAAUACAGAUGUGGAAAUAUCAGCACAGGCAAAAUCCUCAGAGGAGAAAGAUAACAGUGAAGUUGCAUGCCCUGUACAAGUCAGAAAGGGAAAAUAUUGUGCUACUGAGACAUCUCUGCCAAUAGAAAAUGAAACUACACCUUUGAAACGUGGAAGGCAACAAUCCAGACUACCAGUGACUUCUCAGUCUAAAAGACCAAGAACAACUGAGAGGAGCAGUACUGAGAAGUCGGGCAAGCAGGGAGAUUGCUUAGAGGAGUUACCUCAGGGUUGCCCCAUCUCCCCAGCGUCUGAACACAAGACACCAGUUCAGAUUUCUUCCUCUGUAUUGAAACUCACUGACACCAAAAUGAAGACAAGAAGUUCUGCAGUCUUUCAAGCAAUAAAUACCCCUUCACUUUCAAAAUGUCCCUCUACCCCAUCUAUUUCUAAGACUUGUGAUGAAGUAGGAAUACCACGGAGUCCUUCUCUGCUGAAGUCUCCUGGAGGUAAAGAAAUUGCCAGAAGAAAUCUCAAAGGAGAGACUUUGCUCCACGUUGCUUCCAUCAAGGGUGACUUAGCAGCUGUUGAACAGCUGCUGAAAAACGGGGCAGAUCCCAAUGUUAAAGAUAAUGCUGGCUGGACACCCCUGCAUGAGGCAUGUAAUCACGGGCACAAAGAAGUGGUGGAGCUGUUGUUACAAUACAAGGCGUUGGUGAAUACUACGGGGUAUCAGAACGACUCGCCGCUCCAUGACGCUGCCAGGAACGGGCACGUGAGCAUUGUUGAGCUGUUGCUUCUGCACGGUGCCUCCUGUGAUGCAGUUAAUAUAUUUGGUCUGCGGCCUGUGGACUAUGCAGAAAGUGAAAAGAUGAAGUCUGUGCUAAUGUUACCAGUGAAGAAUGAAUCAUUUUCACUUAACCAACCCUCUGAGGCACUGAGCCCCAGUCAGCCAAGAGAUGGACCUCUUGGUAUACUGGGGAGCAACCUUACGUCAGAGCAACAGAAAUUGCUGAAAAAACUAGCAACAGUUCUGAAGGCUCAGAAGUGUACUGAAUUUAACAGCAGAGUAACUCAUCUUGUUAUUCCUGAUGUUCCAAUGCCAAGUACCAUCAAAUGUAUGAUGGCUGUUCUGACUGGAUGUUGGGUCCUCAAGUUUGAAUGGGUACAGGCAUGUCUGCAAACCACAGUGCGAGAACAAGAAGAGAAGUAUGAAAUCCAAGGUGGCCCACAAAGAGGCCGGCUCAACAGAGAACAGCUGCUGCCUAAGUUGUUUGAUGGAUGCUACUUCUAUUUUUGGGGAUCUUUCAGCCAUCACCAGAAGAGUGAUCUUGUGGAGCUGGUCAAAGCAGCAGGAGGACAAAUUCUGGUUAGGCAGCCCAAACCAGACAGUGAUGUGACGCAGACAAUCAACACGGUGGCAUACCAUGCAGAACCUACUUCUGACCAGAGAUUUUGCACUCAGUAUGUAAUCUACGAUGUGUCUUCUAAAUUUAAGCCGGAGAAAAUUCGUCGGGGCAAAGUCUGGAUGGCCCCCUCCAGCUGGCUUAUAGACUGUGUGAUGUCUUUUCAGCUCCUUCCUGUAAAAUGAAUAUCAGCAUCUCAUGAGCAAGGUUUUAAAAUGUGGUGACUCUUGAGCAGUUGGAGCACUCUGAUAAACACUCGUCUGAAGCUAUGAUUUGUUUUGCAUUUAAGUAUACGGGAGAGCUUUGACCAUUUAAAUGAGUUACUAAGAUCAGUGAUGCUAGAAAAAAAUGAACUUCCAAUAGAGGAGAGAGAUAAAUAUACUGCAUUGAAAAAUGUGCCUCGGGUUAUUUAGUAUGCUUUAUUUUUGCAUUUAACUUAACUGCAAUAAUCACUGGCAUUUUGUAACGAAGAUCUUGCAAUAUGAAACCUUUCAAAUUCUUGAUUUAAACCAGCCCUUUGUAGGUGAUAGAGCGUGACCCCCUUUAUUUUGUGUUCAGUAUCCACUGACAAGGAUCUACUGUAUGUGUCAAGAUUUCCCAGCCAGUCCAGAAUUUGUAUUUUUUUAAAAAAAGGGCUCUGUGCAUUUGAACAUAGUCAUUUGCCUGUGUAGACAUCUCUUCUGUCAGAUGACAUGUGAUAUUUCUUAUAACUUCUUACAAAUGAAUUUUGCAGGGAAUUCUUGGCCUGGGGUAAGCCUUGCAGAAAUUGGAGUAGAACUAAUGGACUGAAUUCAUUUGGAAGCAGACACUUUUGGAAUCACUAUCUUUAAAAAUCUUGGUCUAAAAUUCCUUAUUUAUAGCAAAAGUGAUACUACGCUUUUGUCCUUUCAUGCCUGUAAAUGUAUAACUUGAAUUUGAUUCUAUUUUCUGAAGGUUUUUAAGUGUCAGGUUCCUUAAUAAAUUAUCGUAAUCAAAAAUAUUUCUGUAAGUAUGAAUGGUUGCUAUCAUGGUUACUUUAAUGAAAAAAAAAUUAAUGAUCACAAAAGAAUUAUGCCUCACUUUGCACAAUUGUACUUAAACUUAGCUGGCUACAUUGAAGCAAUAUUUAAUUCUUGCAUAUUGCAGCUAUAUUUCUCAUAACUGAUCAUCAGUUACUGUCAGAAUCUUACUUCCUUGCUCUAUGCUCCUAUGUAAUGUCUUGCAUCUUUUGUGUUGCCUUAGAUUGUGAAUUCAUAAUUUAAAAAUGGUGUCUUGUAAUAAUCUACAAUGUGUCUUGUAACAAUUUACAGUGAUAGCUGUGGGAUAAAAGUGGUUUUGUUUGCUUUUGUAUUGCUUGUAAUAAUAAAACUUGCGGUGCCGGUAA